AUGGCUCCCUCCCUCACACAACCCCAGGGCCAGCUCUCGGCCGCUGACGCCCUUCACUUGGCCCAGCAGGCCCCGUCCAUCCUACGCAGCAACCCGAGAGCUAUAUCGUCGUCGCCGCUGUCAUCCCUCUUCUCCGCUAAAGAGAGCCCCGAGCUCUGGGUUAUCUACAAUAACCUGAUGCUGUCAUGCCUGCGCGCCGGUGACGACGAGGCGGCCUCCGAAUGUCUGGAGCGUUUGCUGCUGCGGUUCGGCCCCCACAACGAGCGCAUCAUGGCCCUCAAGGGUCUGGCCAAGGAGGCUACUGCGGAGAAUGAGUCUGAACUGCAAGAGGUCCUGAAGGACUAUGAGGUCAUCUUGCGCGAGAAUGCGGCCAACAUUCCCGUUGCUAAGCGGAAAGUCGCCCUGCUGAAAUCAAUGGGCAGGAUCAACGAUGCGACGACGGCCUUGACGGCCCUCCUCGACUACGCUCCCAUCGACGCGGAGGCGUGGGCAGAAUUGUCAGACUUGUACCUUUCUCAAGGGCUGUACUCGCAGGCCAUCUACGCUCUCGAGGAGGUUCUUGUCCUGGCACCAAAUGCCUGGAAUCUGCACGCAAAGUUGGCCGAAGUCCUGUUUAUGGCAGCCAACACGUCGGGUGACUCACACCAGGGAUACCUAGCCGAGUCUCUCAAGCGUUUCUGUCGAAGCAUAGAGCUGUGCGACGACUACCUACGGGGAUACUAUGGACUGAAAAAGGUGACGGAUCAGAUCCUCGAGGCUUCUGCGGCAGGCAACGGCGGAAAGAACGUUAAGAAACAGACCGAAGAAGGGAGAUUCGAAAUCCCCAACAGGAUAAAGGUCGAGAAACUCAACCAAGCUGCGACGAACAAGCUGGCCGAGAUU